ACACCCCGAAGAAAGCCAACCAAACCAGCACACUAUCACUAUCUCAAACCACUCUAAUUAAUCCCACUUCCUCUGUUUCCUCUGCAUGCGAUGCAUGCGUAGAUCAUCAGAUGAGCCAACCAAACCGACCACGAGAAGCUUCCACGCCGCCGCCGCCGCGCGCGGCCAUGGCGACCCGUGUGAAGCCGCCGCCGCCGUCGCGCCCCGUCGUCGCCAAGAGCCCCCCGCGCCGCCAGCCGCACCCGCCGCCGCCGCCGCCGCCGCCGCUGCCGCGCCACGCGCUCCAUCGGCAGCACGAGCGGGAGGGGGAGGCGACGAUGUCCGUGUGGAGCGUGGGGUUCAUCAACGCCAGGCUGUCGCAGCGCACCCCCGUGCUCGGCCUCCGCCUCUGGGUCCUCGUCGCUGCCGGCGCCGCGGCGGCCGUCGUCCUCGCGCUCCUCAUCGUCGUCUGCCUCUGCCGGCGCUGCCGCCGCCGGAGAUGCUCCCGCCUGGCCCCGGCUCCGCCGCACCACGGGAGGAGCAACCGGUCUCUCAAGCAGCAGCAGUCGAUGGUGUCGGACAAGGACAUCGAGGAGGCCGCCCGCUGGCCCCCGCCGCCGUCGUUCCAGCCGCCGAUAGAGGUCAUCAAGGCGGAGCAGACGGCGCCCCUGAUCAUGGUGGAGGCCGCGAGGACGAGCGGCGAGACGGCGACGAGCAGCGGCGGGAGCACGCGCGGGUGGAGCACCGAGAGCGGCGGCAGCGACGCGGCGGAGCCCGAGGCGUCGCGGCGAGGGUGGGGACGGCGGUACACGCGCCGGGAGCUGGAGGAGGCCACGAACAGGUUCGCCGCCGAGAACGUGCUCGGCGAGGGCGGCUACGGCGUGGUCUACAAGGGCAUCCUCCGCGACAACACCGCCGUCGCCAUUAAGAAUCUCCACAACAACAGGGGACAGGCAGAGAAGGAUUUCAAGGUGGAGGUCGCGACGAUCGGGCGUGUUCGGCACAAGAAUCUGGUCAGCUUACUGGGGUAUUGCGAGGGAGCUUGCAGGUUGCUUGUUUAUGAGUAUAUGGAGAACAGCAAUCUUGAUAAGUGGCUGCACCAUGGUGACGAUGAAAUCAGUCCACUCACCUGGGAUAUGAGAAUGCAUAUACUUCUUGGAACAGCCAGAGGGUUGGCUUACCUUCACGAAGGCCUGGAGCCCAAGAUUGUUCACCGAGACGUCAAAUCCAGCAACAUUCUUCUCGACCGGCACUGGAACGCCAGAGUAUCAGAUUUCGGGCUGGCCAAGCUCCUGUGCUCGGAGAGGUCCUACGUUACAACUCGUGUCAUGGGAACAUUUGGGUCAGUUCCAUUUUCCAUGUCUUCUCUAAGAGAGAGUACUAUACUAUUCAUUGAUCGGCAUUCACUUACAAACUCUCCCUUCUCCCCUGUUGCAUGCAGGUACGUUGCGCCUGAGUACGCAAGAACUGGGAUGCUAAACGAGAGGAGCGACGUCUAUAGCUUCGGGGUGCUCAUCAUGGAGAUCAUAUCAGGCAGAACUCCUGUGGAUUACACUAGGCCAGCACCAGAGGUGAACUUGGUUGAGUGGCUGAAGCGCAUGGUCGCCGAGAGGAGGGUGGAGGAGGUGGUGGACCCCAGGCUGCCGGAGACGCCGCCGCCCAAGGUGCUGAAGCGCGCCGUCCUCGCCGCGCUCCGGUGCGUCGACCCCGACGGCGGCCAGAGACCAACCAUGGGGCACGUCGUCCAUAUGCUCGAAGAUGACCUCAAAUUCAGAGAUGAACUGCAGCUUGCGCGGGAUCUGUCGCCUCACGCAUCCGACAGUUACGAGUACGAGCUGUGAGCUUGGCGGAGGAAUGUGUCGUUGCGAGGCAGAGUUUGUAUGGGGCUUAGAAUUCUCUGGUCGUUGGAGAUUACUAGAUUUUCGCAUUCAGGCUCACAACCAGAUGUUCUUGUACAAGUCGAUCUCUUAUCUUUUACGUUUGUAUUAAAACGGCGACGGAAAUGGUUAAUCGCACACAGAAGGUAUACGGCGGUGAUGGUUGCCAGCUUCAGCUUCGUUUA